UGACAAGCCCUAGCUAGUCUUUUGUUUGGCAGUCGGCAUCGACACCAAAACGGCCCGCCCUGACGCCCAGUGGAAACUCGACCUUUGGGAGCGACAUACUAACCAGCAGCAAACGAUCGUCCACCAUCGCCGACGAUUACUUCCUUCAACCUCCCAAGGAGACUUUGACAAGUGGGAAGACGUCAAUCACCAUCAAGAUGCCUACCGAAGCCGGCCACAGAUUAUACGUCAAAUGGCACUGGAAUCUAUCACAACGAACUCUCGCUAACUAUCGAGCCUGUAGGGGACGCCACCUGAGCUACCAGCGUAGCCGUCACACCAACCGUCCCGAGACCAGCUUGAUCAAGAUCGAGGGUGUUGACGACACCAACGCCGCCAACUUCUACCUCGGCAAGAAGGUCGCAUACGUUUACCGGGCACAGAAGGAGGUCCGCGGCACCAAGAUCCGGGUCAUCUGGGGCAAGGUCACCAGGCCUCACGGCAACUCGGGCGUCGUCCGCGCCAAGUUCACCACCCCUCUCCCUACACGAUCUUUCGGCGCUUCCGUCCGCAUCAUGCUUUACCCCUCGUCGAUAUAAGUCAUUUUCCUUCGGAGUUGAACGGAACGGAUAUCAAUGGUUGCAUUGUGGUUUAGGUCAUGGAUUUGAGGCGCUUCUAUUCUCGUAUUCUGCUAUUUUGGCGCUUGCUCAUCAACGCAAUCGAUCGAACGGCUGUUUCGACAAUUCACGACUUGCAACACAGCGGUGAUUUGCCUUACGCCGUUCGAAGGAGAUUGAGAGAUGGGCCCCUGAUGGCAGAUGCGAUUUGUUUUGGGGCAUAGAUUCAGUGGGGGAAAAUGAUGAUACGCAGCAAUCAAGAUGGCGGAUCUUCACUAAGGAGGCUCACACCAUUCGAGCCGGCGGCAUCAACAAAUUCAUGAUGAUGGUGUUUUGCGGGACAGGGCAAUGAAUCCAAGUCGUUAAUGACCACGCCCACUACUUUGUGGCUGCAACUCGAGUCUCCGUUCGCUUACUCCUUACGUUCAUGUUAGGCUGCAUUGGCAAAGCACAG